UUCUGCGUAGGACUGCACAUUCUGCACUGCUGCUGGAACUCUCAAUAGCCCAAGGUGCAGCCAAGCGAGCUCAGCGAGAAGUGCAGGUAUGUCUGAGAGAGGGUACAGCAGGUGUGAGGUACAGUCUUAGCUGGAAGUUGUUAGUGGGAGGUGCCGAGAGAGUGGGAUGGCGGAUAGGGGCGGGCACAAGAAAAGCUGCGGCGCACUCGGGUCUAAUGUGAAGCAGUAAGUGGGCUUCUAGAGCCGCGGCAAAUUGAUGUAAGUGGGUGGAUAUAGGGGAGGAGCUAGCGGGGCCGGGGCGUUUCUCAUUCACACUUUACAAUUUUACUCCUGUCACUUUGCUGUCCCAGACUGUCAGAACAAUUUCAGCUGUAUUACUCUGGUUGCGCUAUUAGCGGCACUCAUGUCUGCCCUCGCACGGGCUCCCCGGCCUAUGCCUGUCCGACUUGGCCAUAGCGCAGAGCCGCCGCUCCAUGCUUACGGAGUCGCCGGUAUAUUUCCAGGAGUCCGACGCAGCAGGGUCAGGUCCCACCGUCCGCCACCUGAUGUCCGCUACAUCUUCCAGCAGCAGGAGCAGCAGCCGGUGGUUGCGCACAAGUUCCAGGCCGAGGCCGCUGUGAACGCUUGGUGUGACCUGUGCGUCCACUUUAUCUUCUCCGAGGCCCUCCGUUGCUCGGACUGCAAAUACACAUGCCACUCUCAUUGUAAGGACCGUGUGCAUCUGAGCUGUGAACCCAAUGGGAAGUUGAUGGAAUGUAUCCCUGCAAAUGAAACUCUGGACCGCUCUAACAACAAUGAGAAGGAUAUUGAAAAGGAAAAAGAUUCCCUGUCAUACCUCAGUAAGGAAGAAACCAAAGACAAGAUCCAGCUUUACAAUGCAGCAGUUACUGACAAAUUGAAGAUGACCUUGAAUUCCAGUGGAAUUUACACAGGCUUUAUCAAAGUGCAAAUGGAGCUCCGGCGACCAAUCACUGUACGGGGACAUGCACACAGCCAUGCCCACAGCAAUGGCAACGAAACUGCCUUCUACUUGCCCAAGGGCAGCCUAAACAUACUGCACAUCAGUAGUACAAACACUGUGCGAGAAGUCAUCGAGGCCUUGCUGAAAAAGUUCCUGAUUGCUGACAAUCCUGCCAAAUUUGCACUUUACAAACGUUGUCAGAAGGAAGAUCAAGUUUACAUGUGUAGGUUAUCUGACAGGGAGCACCCUCUGUAUCUCAGACUAGUAGCUGGUCCCUGCCUUGAAGCUCUCGGCUUUGUUUUGCGUGAGCAUGAAACCGGAGAUGUAAUGUGGGAAGCCUUCUCACUCCCCGAGCUGCAGAACUUCUUGCGCAUAUUAGACAAAGAAGAAAACGAGCAGUUGCAGAGUUUAAAAAGGCGUUACACAUCAUACAGAGCAAAGCUAGAAGAAGCAUUGAGUGGAGUGCACAAUCCUGGCUAAUUCCUAGUCAGUGGAGCUUCUAAUGUGGUCUUCUGCUACAGUAUUCAGCAACAGGGACAAAUGUGUUCAACAAACUCUUACUGGGGACUCGUCUCUUAAGAGGAGACGGAUCUGAAGGCUAUUAGAAGGUGUAUACCAACAUUCAUCAGGACACUGCAAAUCACCACUACUUGAGUGGUGUCUGCAAUAGACAAUCUAAAACCGAAAUCAUUUUUACAUGUUUUUAUUUUUUAAUUGUCAUGUAAAUUAUUACAGCUUUAAGUCUGCUGAAGUUUCUAAAGACUGUUACAAAGUCAGAAACUGGUAUUUAUAUGAAUUUAUGUUUCUAAAGAGAAUGUUUUUGUGAUGUCACCUAUGGGAAAUUGGUCAUGCUGCCAGGCAAGCAAGGAACCUGAAGAUUCACAAGAAUUCAUGAAGGUUACGAAGUGGGUUAGGAGAGUGGGAUCAGGUAUGUUCACAUGCUGAGAUGUGAGGCAGAGAGCAUAGUAAUAUAUUUUGGGUUGGUGCUGGGACGUCUUAUUUUAAGAUGGAUUAAGACAGAGUAAUGUGCAGAUAUGUAUCUAUGCAGUGUAGGCAAAAUGAUAUGCCAGGUUAUGUUCUGCCUGUUCAGCUGCUAAGUCAGUAGUGCAAUGAAUGUUUAGAUGAUGAUAGGAAGGGAACACUGUGUUGCAGAGCUCUUGCUGUUGAAUACAGAAUGUGUAACAGACGAAAAUGUCCCUGUCUGGGUUAUUAUGAGUUCCUGGGUUUUAGCAUGUAGUGAAGAGAAGGCACUGUGUAUGCUGAAAGGGAAGAAGCGACAAUCUUUGGUUGUAGGAAGCAGAGUUUAAGUGGAUAGACUUGGUAAGUAUAUGUAUUUCUUGAGAAAGGAGUGGGCUAUGACCAUCAUUAUGGCAUUUGGGCAAGUAAUGGCAGGAUCGGCUGGGCAUAUAGAUCAGCAUGAGUGCAAGGAUUGUGCUAACAUUAGAAAUGAUUGCAUGAAAACAUGCAUGCUGGGAGGAAAACCAAAGAAUGAGCAUAUCGGAAUCAGCUAUGAAGGGUUUUGUUCCUUAUCAAUAUAUCCUUUGUUUUGCAAAAUUACAUUUUAUGGUUUUCAAGUUUGUUAGAGAAAUUGUAAUUUGCAAAUUGUGUAACUAUCACCAUUUUUGAACUUUUACCUUUUUACAGCAGAUUUGGGGCAUAUAUAAUUAUUACUGUAGAACUGUGUAUUGUGUCUGACCCCUGGUGGCCACGCUGCAUUUUCUUUUGUUUUUAUGCAGAGGGUCAGUGGUGCCUUCAUCUCUUAACAUUUGAUUUCAGAUCUUUAGGCAUUAUUGCUACAGGGAAGUGGAGCAGGUCAUUUGCUGUUUAUUUUUAUAGAAACAAUGUCUUUGCGUACUGUAUUUUUUGUUUUAAUACUAUAGCUCUACUCUAGCUGAACUACAGCUCUCAGAAUCUGGAGAACUGCAUGAUGGGCAUUGCUAUUACAGCACAUUAUCAGGCUUAUGAACUAGCAAGUCCACCGGCUUAUGCUUUGGUCAAGAACUGCAUUUGCUAAUCCCUUGCCAACAGCUCCUAAUCAGUUAAUAGGCAGUCUUUGAUAGACUGAUUUUAUUAUGCUAAGGAUAGAGACCAAUAAUCAUACAGUGCUGCCUGUCUUUCACUACUAUACCCUGCUUGACUAUGUGAAUGACAGGUGAAGCUUGCCACCAUUUAUCCAACACACUCACUAUUCUACACAUGAAGCUGUAGCUGCAGGAAAAGAAUAUUUCUUUGCUAAAGACAAAUUGGCUCAGGGAGGGAAGGUUAUUAUUAUUGUUUUUCGUAAGCAGGCUAAGCAGACUGUUGGUUCAUUCAAACAAUAUUUUCUAGAAUCCUCAACUGUGAAUUUUAUUUAAAAUUUUUUUUUUUUACUUGAAUUUGAUCAGAUAAGUCAUCAUAAAGCUUAUUAUAUGCACUACAUAUCAUCCGAUGGGGCAAAUUACUGUAUUAACCUGUUCAUGUACACAGCCCUUGUCUUACAUUUAAACACAAAGCCAUUGUUCUAGUUCCCCACUUUAACUGAAGGUCUUACCCACGGUCCUCUGAAAUGAACAUCUCACUCAGUGAGAUGCAUUCUGCAGCAGGAAUUAGCACUGGAAAUGAACUUAUUCUGCACAAGAUGCAAGAUUUAACACUGAGAAUAUUGGCAAUACGAACGGAAUUGGGAAUAAUUUACUUGGAUUCUCAGCUGCAAUUAAGGUCUUAAAUACCGAAAUGAAAAUUGCGAUGCAAUAUUAUUUCUAAUAUAUACUAUUUGAUGGUACAAGAAAGAGAAGUAAGAUUUUGGGGUGCAGUUAAAGAGCAGUUUUACUAGUUAUAAUAUUUAUAAUUUUAAAGAGAAGUUUUAAAUUUUAUUUUUUAUAGGGAAUUGAUUUCCCAGACCAAGUCUCGGCUCAGUUAUUAUUACAUUUGCAGUUGACAGUACUGUUUAUAUAUUUUGACAUUGUAAUGUUCAUGAUCAAUAUACUUUUUGUUCCAGAAAUACAGUUGUCUUUGAUCUGGUUCCACUCAAACUAACUGUCAUGUGUUCAAUGAAAUAAAGACUGAAAUCUGCAA